AUGGGCUCCCUCGACCCCCCGCUCUUCCGUGUGAGCAAGAUCGCGAUCAUCGGGGCUGGUCCGGCGGGCCUCGCCACGGCAAAGUAUCUCCGAGACCAGGGCGACUUCGAGUCCAUCGUCGUGUUCGAGCAGCAGGACGAGGUCGGUGGCAUCUGGAACUACAGCGACGUUGCGCCUGGUCCAUACCCCGUGCCUCAGCUUGACCCCUUCUUCCCGCCAGACGCACCGGUCCCGUCGUCGUCGUCCUCGCAGGGAGCCCCCGUGUUUCCGUCACCCAUAUACGACCGUCUACACGCCAACAUCCCGGCUGCUCUCAUGAGCUUUUCGGAUCGACCCUUUCCCGGGGGAUCGCGCCUGUUUCCGACCCGUCAGGAUAUCCAGGCGUAUCUCGUUCGGUACGCCGAGGACGUCCGCCACCUCGUUCGCUUCUGCGUUGCAGUCACCAGCGUAGUGCGGGAGGACCAUGACGGGCGUGACAGAUGGAGGCUCGAGGCCCAGUCUACCGUCGACGGCACCAUGGUCGUUCAAGACGUCUUUGACGCCGUCGUCGUCGCCAACGGCCACUACUCGGUGCCCUUUAUCCCUCUCAUGGCCAACAUCGAAGCCUUCCACAAGGCCCACCCAUCCGUCAUCACGCACUCGAAGCAGUACCGGCGAGCCGACGAUUUUAAGGAUGCCAAGGUCGUCGUCGUCGGGAACGGACCGUCCGGCGUCGAUCUUGCCCUGCAGAUCAAUCAAGUCUCUCGAGGCAGGACCAUCUUGUCGGUGAGGACCCCGACGUCGCCUGACAAGCUGGCCCACACUGGCUGCGAAGAAGUCCCCGAGAUCGCCGAGUUCCUGCCAGAGCAGCGAGCCGUCCGGUUCAAGGACGGUCGGGUCGACACCAACAUCGACGCCGUCGUCUUCUGCACCGGCUUCCUCUUUAGCUACCCCUUUCUCCCCGACCUGCAACCCAAGUUGAUCACCAACGGACAAGGCGUCCAUGGGCUCUACAAGCACCUCAUCUCCAUCCGGCACCCCACACUCGUCUUCCCCGCUCUCAACAUGAAGUCGGUCCCCUGGCAGGUCUCCGAGGCGCAAGCCGCCCUCGUCGCCGCCGUCUGGUCAAACAAUCUGGCCCUGCCUGCGCGCGAGGAGAUGGAGCGCUGGAGCAAGGAACUCGAGGAGCGCGAAGGUGAAUCCCUCCACGUGUUUGCCACCUUUGGGGACGGCCACUACAUCAACGAAUUGCACGACUUGGUCGCGACGGCUGAGAAGACGGGAAAGCCGGCGCCGAGGUGGGACGAUGAGCUCUUCUGGCAGCGAAGUGUCUUUUCCGACGCCAAGCUGCGCUUCGAGAAGCAGGGAUGCAAAGCCACCACGCUGGGGGAGCUUGGUCUUCAUUACGAUCCCGACUGGCGAAGAAGCACAUGUUGCGCAGACGAUUGA